CCUCACACAAAGCCCAGACGUGGAGAAAAUGGCGGCAGGGGUCGAAGCGGCGGCCGAGGUGGUGACGACGGAGACCAAAAUGGAGGAGGAGAGCGGCGCGCCCGGCGUGCCAAGCGGCAACGGGGCUCCGGGCCUGAAGGGUGAAGGAGAGCGACCUACUCAGAAUGAGAAGAGGAAGGAGAAAAACAUAAAAAGAGGAGGCAAUCGCUUUGAGCCAUAUGCCAAUCCAACUAAAAGAUACAGAGCCUUCAUUACAAACAUACCUUUUGAUGUGAAAUGGCAGUCACUUAAAGACCUGGUUAAAGAAAAAGUUGGUGAGGUAACAUACGUGGAGCUCUUAAUGGACGCUGAAGGAAAGUCAAGGGGAUGUGCCGUUGUUGACUUCAAGAUGGAAGAAAGCAUGAAAAAAGCUGCCGAAGUUCUAAACAAGCAUAGUCUGAGUGGAAGACCACUGAAAGUCAAAGAAGAUCCUGAUGGUGAACAUGCCAGGAGAGCAAUGCAAAAGGCUGGAAGACUUGGAAGCACAGUAUUUGUAGCAAAUCUGGAUUAUAAAGUUGGCUGGAAGAAACUGAAGGAAGUAUUUAGUAUGGCUGGUGUGGUGGUCCGAGCAGACAUUCUUGAGGAUAAAGAUGGAAAGAGUCGUGGAAUAGGCACUGUUACUUUUGAACAGUCCAUUGAAGCUGUGCAGGCUAUAUCUAUGUUUAAUGGUCAACUGCUAUUUGAUAGACCAAUGCACGUGAAAAUGGAUGAGAGGGCCUUACCAAAGGGAGAUUUUUUCCCUCCUGAGCGUCCACAGCAACUUCCCCAUGGACUUGGUGGUAUUGGCAUGGGGCUAGGCCCAGGAGGACAGCCGAUUGAUGCCAAUCACCUGAACAAAGGCCUUGGCAUGGGAAACCUAUGACCUGCAGGAAUGGGAAUGGAAGGCAUAGGAUUUGGAAUAAAUAAAAUGGGAGGCAUGGAGGGACCUUUUGGUGGCGGUAUGGAAAACAUGGGUCGAUUUGGAUCAGGGAUGAACAUGGGCAGAAUAAAUGAAAUCCUAAGUAAUGCACUGAAGAGAGGAGAGAUCAUUGCAAAGCAGGGAGGAGGUGAAGGUGGAGGCAGUGUCCCUGGGAUCGAGAGGAUGGGCCCUGGCAUUGACCGCAUUGGGGGUGCCGGCAUGGAGCGCAUGGGCGCAGGCCUGGGCCAUGGCAUGGAUCGUGUGGGCUCUGAGAUCGAGCGCAUGGGCCUGGUCAUGGACCGCAUGGGCUCAGUUGAGCGCAUGGGCUCCGGCAUCAAGCGCAUGGGUCCACUGGGCCUCGACCACAUGGCCUCCAGCAUCGAGCGCAUGGGCCAGACCAUGGAGCGCAUCGGGUCUGGCGUGGAGCGCCUGGGUGCCGGCAUGGGCUUCGGCCUUGAGCGCAUGGCCGCGCCCAUCGACCGUGUAGGCCAGACCAUUGAGCGCAUGGGCUCUGGUGUGGAGCGUAUGGGCCCUGCCAUCGAGCGAAUGGGCCUGAGCAUGGAGCGCAUGGUGCCCGCAGGCAUGGGGGCUGGCCUGGAGCGCAUGGGCCCUGUGAUGGAUCGCAUGGCCACCGGCCUGGAGCGCAUGGGCGCCAACAACCUGGAGCGCAUGGGCCUGGAGCGAAUGGGCGCCAACAGCCUGGAGCGCAUGGGUCCUGCCAUGGGUCCAGCCCUAGGUGCCGGCAUUGAGCGCAUGGGCCUGGCCAUGGGUGGCGGUGGCGGUGCCAGCUUUGACCGCGCCAUCGAGAUAGAGCGUGACAACUUCGGAGGAAGCUUCGCAGGUUCCUUUGGCGGAGCUGGAGGCCAUGCUCCUGGGGUGGCCAGGAAGGCCUGCCAGAUAUUUGUGAGAAAUCUCCCAUUUGAUUUUACAUGGAAGAUGCUAAAAGACAAAUUCAACGAAUGUGGCCACGUGCUGUAUGCCGACAUCAAGAUGGAGAACGGGAAGUCCAAGGGGUGCGGUGUGGUUAAGUUUGAGUCGCCAGAGGUGGCUGAGAGAGCCUGCCGGAUGAUGAAUGGGAUGAAGCUGAGUGGCCGAGAGAUUGAUGUUCGAAUCGAUAGAAAUGCUUAAGCAGUUGCCUUUUUUAAACAUCGAUACCAGACCUCUGAAUUUGUAUUUUUUCUUGUUAACCAUUUUAAUUUGUUGGCUGGAUGUAUAAAGAUGUUUAAAAAAUUCAGUUGCUUUUUGGGGUAAUUUGAAUUACUUUUUUAAUGACUGGGGUUCCAUUUGACUGUUUGCAUUGAGAUUGCAAUGUGCGCAAUUUUUUUUGUAGUUGUGGCAUCUUGUUGACAUCGAAUAAGACUUUGAUAAUAAAUACCAGUUCCUGAAAAAAAAAAAA